GCAUUAAAAAAUCUGCCUGAUUAUUAUUAAUAGUAAUAAUGAUUUAUAUGUUGCCUAAUUUCCAGCAACACUUCUUUUCAUGGUAGGUGAAAUACUUUAGAUAGAAAUUAAUCACUGCCCCACUUCCAUUGUUUAAAAAGCAAGAAAAAUUGAAUUGGAAUUUUUAUUCUAUUUCCAAAUACGGCAUAUUUAGUAUUUUGAGUCACGUAUAUUUAAGAGUAUACAUCUCAAAGCAUUUGAUAACCUACCGGGAAAAAAAAACAGCUUUAGGAAAUUCUAUCGGUAUUUUUUUUUUAAAAAAAAUGAACAUAUACAAAGCUUUAUUUUCUUGUUAUUUUCAAAUUAUAGAUCGUGUUUUAAUAAACUCCAUCCCAUACAUGUCCCCCUUUAGGGGAGAGAUGGGAAGGAACGGUGACAGUCUCAUUAAAUGGGACCGGCGACGAUGUGGAUUCUCAGUUAUUCCCACGACACGAUGGGGAGGGAAAAACUUCUGACGCUUCCCACGUCUGUUAGGUACCCUUUAAAUAAUUUAGCAAUAAAGCGCAGCCAGCCAGCGCUUCUUCAAACGCCGCGCCCCGCCAUAAGGCUCAGGGGUCAACGCAGCGGUAUGCGAGCAGGGCAACCAUCGCGCCCUCGCUCGGCACCCGCGCUGUCCCCUCAGAAGCGAAACGGCUUCUCGCGUUCUCCGGUUGCCUUGGAUACCAGGCGGAGGCCUUCUUUCCUACCGCCUUUGGCCGUUUGCCGCCAUUCGGAGGAGCGCGUGCCGCCGAGAAUCGGUUGCGGUGGGGUGGCAUUUCGCCCUUUCUUUUCUCUCUCCGAUUUGAGUAGCCCGACAUGCGCCGAGCGAAGCCCCCGUGGGGCGCCUUGAUGCUGCGGUGCGCGCUUAGCUGCCGCCAGUACUGGAGGACCGUAGGACAGCCGGAGGGGAUCGUGUCGGAGCAGGACACGGACCAUCAUUUCGUGCAUCGAAGCACCAUUCCUACCAUGCAUUUCCAGCCCAGCUUGCCCAGGUUACCUAUUCCUAAACUGGAGGACACUAUCAAUAGAUACUUAGCUGCUCAGAAGCCAUUAUUGAAUGAUCAACAAUACAGACAUACUGUAAAAAUUGCUACAGAGUUUGGAAAAGGAGAAGGGAAGAUCAUACAUCGUGAUCUUCUUGAACAUGAUCGGAUUAAUAACCAUACAAGUUAUAUAUCAGGGCCCUGGUAUGACAUGUACCUUUCUUCGAGGGAUCCAGUUGUUUUCAACUACAACCCUUUCAUUUCUUUAAAUCCUGAUCCCAAACCUGGAUACAAUAAUCAAGUAGUUAGAGCAACCAAUCUUGUUGUUUCAGCGUUAAAAUUUCUUAACUCCUUGAAGAAUGACUAUUUACGGCCAGAUAUAUAUUAUGUAAACCGCAAAUGGGGUCAAAGUAAAAUGUUCAAACACUUCAUCCGCGCUCUUCCACCUACUCUAUCCUGGUAUGGAGCAUAUUUAGUGAAUGCUUAUCCUUUAGACAUGUCACAGUAUAAAUCUCGUGUUUUAAUAAACUCCAUCCCAUACAUGUCCCCCUUUAGGGGAGAGAUGGGAAGGAACGGUGACAGUCUCAUUAAAUGGGACCGGCGACGAUGUGGAUUCUCAGUUAUUCCCACGACACGAUGGGGAGGGAAAAACUUCUGACGCU